CUACUACAUAAAGUGCAUCAUUCUAUUUUAUAUUCUUCUUUGUAUGCAUAGGGAGCAAAUGUAUGAAGAUCCAAAGUAUGUCAGGUAAAACACCAUCUAGUUUGGAGGAUAUAUGGUGCCGCUCUUUGAUUGGAUUUCUAAUUUUUCUUCUCAUCUACUUAAUAAUUCUAUGCCUAAUGCAACAUUGUUCUAAUGGAAGUAAAAACGAAAACCCAGAAUCUCAAGAAAAAACAGAAACUUGUGGUUGUUACUGUAGUCCAUGCUGCUCAAGAACAGAAAUUAGAAUUGUUCCUUCCUCUUCAUGCUGUGUAUGUUGGAAAUGUAGAAAAAGGAAAAAAAUUGAGGAGGAUGAAAAUUGCAGCAAGAUUUCUUCAAAACCAUCUACCUCAAAAAAAGAUCUGUACUGCUUUAAUGGAAAUCUACAGAAUCAGAAAGAGGAAUUCGACGAUUUUGCGAGAAUGUGUUUAGAUGACUUUUCAUUUCAUUGGAUACUUGAGAGAGACAAUUUGGAUCAGAAAAUUUUGUUUAUUUUCCUGACUUCUGAUGUACAACAAAGAACCCGUGACUUAGUUAACAAGACUCUGGAUGGUUUAGGAUCGAGUAUUGAAAAUGUAGAGGUUUUAACGAUAGUGGUAUCGCACAAAAUAGAAGAAGGACGAGAAGAAAAAAACAUAGAACGAUUUAAACCGGAAUACUCUGACAAUUUUUUUGAAAUAAAUAUGGUAUAUGACGGUAACGGAUAUUACGAUUGCAAUAUUAAUAAAUAUGCUUUAAGUAGAUUCAGAGACAUUUCUGAAAAAUGAUUAUUAAAAUUUCACAGAAAUAAAGUAAGGAUCCAAAUUUUACAAUGCUCCUACACAUUCAAACAUUUUGAGACUUGUUAAUCAGUCCUUUUUUUCUGAGAUAUAACUUUAAAAAAAACUGGUUCAUGGAAAAGAAAAGUUUAAGGUCCGGGACAGGAGGAUGAGAUGUCAGAUAGAAAGAAAAAGACUGGGCUUGGGACACGUGACUGUGAAAUAUUAUUAGC